AUGUCUAAAAAUCAUAUGGAAGGGUUAAAUAUACUUAAAGUGGCUAUCCUCUAACUUAAAUCAAUUAAAUAUACUUAAUUUACUAGAAAUAAAAUUCGAAAAAUUCUUUCAUUGAAAUACAAUAAAACUCUUUAAUAAGACCCUUUAAAAUUUAGAAAUGAAUGCUUUGCCUAUUAUAGUCUUAUGAAAUAGGAAUUACAUCAAAAAGAUUUAACAAUAACUACUGCAGAACACUUAAAGAAAACUAUGAAAAAUAAUUAUUGGGUAAAAUGA